CUUCGUUGGGGACUUCAACUACAUCAGACGCAUCUUCCCCUCUGGGAACGUCACCAGUGUUAUGGAGCUCAGGUAAGGAUGGAGAAAGGGAAAAACUAGCUUAUUUGUUGUACUUGCCUUUUGUUUUAGUCUGAAUCAAAGCGAUGUUGGGUCUAUUUCUUGAAGAUGGUUUUACUUUUGUAAUGUUCUUGAUCUGUGGUUGUUUUACCUACUUCUGAUGAAUGACUAAGAUGCAUAUGUAGAGAAAGAGGGAUGGAUGGAUAGAUAAAUUGAGGGAGGGAGGUGGGGUUGUGUGGGUGGCGUUGGGUGGAUGGGUGGAUGGAUUGAAGGGGUGGUGCUCAGGUUGCCAGGUGUGGGGAAGGGAGUAAGAUGGACAGGAGAAUUCAGUGAUGGAUGGCUGGAUGACACAAGCGGUACCCCCUGAUACACAAACAUUAACCUGUUUCAGUAAAAAUUCCUUUUCACACUCGCUACAUGUGGAGUGUGGUCAGUCAUAUCUGGUCAUUUACAAUGAUGAGAUACAGAGAUAUGGAAUGCACACACACACACACACACACACACACUCUCCUGGUCUGUAGGACAUUUUAGCACUGUUAUGAACACUCACUGCUCAUAAAUGACCUUCUCACAUUUUCCCCUGAUGAAAUAUAUCCCCUGUCUUUCUCUCCUCUUUUCCUUCUCCAGCUUCUGCUUCUCUUGCUUUCUCUCUUUCCCCACUGAUAAACUCACCCUUCCAUGAAAAUAUGACCAGACACAGGGAUGUAAAUCCUCCCUCCCUUUCACACCCCCCCCCCCUCUCUCUCUCUCUCUCUCUCUCUCUCUCUCUGUCUCUCUCUCAAUCUCUCUCUAAUUCAAAUUCAAAUUCAGAUUGCUUUAUUGGCAUGAAAUACAAUUUGUAGAUAUUGCUAAAGCAGUACAAUGCAAUGAGUAUAAUUAAAUAAAGUUCAUUUCAAUAAAAGUAAUAAUAGUACAUAUAAUCAUGUAUACAAGUACAACACUAUUGCUCUUUCUUUCUUUCUUUCUUUCUCUCUCUCUCGCUCGCUCGCUCGCUCUCUCUCUCUCUCUCUCACUCUCUCGCUCUCUCGCUCUCUCUCUCUCUCUCUCUCUCUCGCUCUCUCUCUCGCUCUCUCUCUCUCUCUCUCUCUCCGGCCAGCACACAGUAAUACACCCAGUCUUAACUCAAUUUUAUUAUUGGCUUGGUGGACCCAGUCCUGUAAAUUAAAAAUUGACUAAUUAGAAAAAGAGAGAGAGAAAGUGUGUGUGUGUGUGUGUGUGUUAUAAAUGAAAAGUCACUCCUCAACAUUGGCAUAUACAGUAAUCCCAGCGUUCUGGCUAGUCGCCGUGGGUGCUAACGGUAUUGUUUAGGCUCUGCCUUUUCAUUUUCUGGGACACAAUCAAUAGGCCAUUAUGAGCCUGUUAACCUGGAGCACAAGCAUGGAACGCUAACGCUAAUGCUAGCUCCCAGGUGAAUCAUUCAUGCUAACGCAAACGCUAGCUCCCAGCUGGACCAUUUAUGGUUUCCUUUUCUCUGGGUAAGACUUGUGGCAGGAGGGGGAAACUACUGCUUAGAGCUGCCUCUGCUCAACAACCGUGACGGCUGUGUGUUUGUGUGGGUGGGGGGGAUGUGUGUUCUAACUCUCUUCCUGCCUGCCUGACUGUCUAUAUAUAUAUAUAUAUAUAUAUAUAUAUAUAUGUAUGUUAAUGUUUCAGUGUGUAUUAAUAUGUUUAAUGAUGUACAGGUGUGUGUGUGUGUGUGUGUGUGUGUGUGUGUGUGUGUGUGUGUGUGUGUGUGUGUGUGUGUGUGUGUGUGUGUGUGUGUGUGUGUGUGUGUGUGUGUGUGUGUGUGUGUGUGUGUGUGUGUGUGUGCGUGCGCGCGCGCGUGCGUGCAGACAUCGCUCUUCCUUCGUAUCCAUGGCAGGACCUGUCUCUCUUUCUGUGUGUUCUCCCUCCUGACUAACCAACGCUCAUCUAUCAUCUCUCUCUUUCUUUUCUUCUCUUUCUUGUUCCCUUCUGCUUCCGCUCCUCUAAGAAAUAAAGAUUUCAGACAUAGGUAAGCCUCAGUAACAAUAUAACAAUGUACCACAGAUCCAUACCAGUCUUGUUUCUCUCUCUCUCUCUCUGUCCCCUGUGUAAACCCUAGUGGCAGCUCGUCCAUAGAAUACAGUCGCUGUCUUUACAUAAAGGCUUUAGAGGGAUUUCAGGAUCAUUCUAGCGGAUUGGCCGACAACAGCUCUCGGCAAAUCGGACUCCUUUAUCUGCCUACAAACCCGCUGGAACCAUCUAGAACCCCCUAGUCAUUUGUGAAGCACAUUAUAAAAGACACGCCUGCUAAAAAAGCUAACUAGCGAAAUGUUUUGAGGGGUUCCUCUGUGUUGUACGGUUGGGACCCUUUGGCCAAGAGGAGUGAGGACAAGACCCGGGUUCAAGUCUAGAUGAAGAGGAGAGGAGAGAGAAGAGGAGGAACUAUGGUGGUGCUCAGAGCUGCUCUCUCUGUGUGUUCCUGACUAGUGUUGGUUCGCGCUAAAUCAGGCCUAUUGUUCAUACGUCAGACGGGAUGUGCUGUGCUGUCAUCAUAGGCUGAUGGGGCCCACACAGCAAGGACAAAGAGGGAUACCUCUGAGGAGGAGAAGAAGAGAUGGAGGAGGUGCCUUUCUAUAAAGAGGAGAAGGGUGGGAUAUCUGGAAAAUGAUCAGAGGAGAGGAAGAACAUUCCUUCAUGAUGAUAAUGUAGCUUGGGCCAUGGGGAAUAACUUUGACUGGCCCAGCCAGUCAAAAACUUGUUUUCUCAAAUUUGUUUACAUCCCUGUUAGUUAGCAUUUCUCCUUUGCCAAGAUAAUCCAUCCACCUCACAGGUGUGGCAUAUCAAGAAGCUGAUUAAACAGCAUGAUCAUUACACAGGUGCACCUUGUGCUGGGGACAAUAAAAGGCCACUCUAAAAUCUGCAGUUUUGUCACACAACAAUGCCACAGAAUUCUCAAGUUUGGAUCGAGCGUGCAAUUGGCAUGCUGACUGUAGGAAUGUCCACCAGAGCUGUUGCCAGAGAAUUUAAUGAUCAUUUCUCUACCAUAAGCCGUCGUUUUAGAGAAUUUGGCAGUACGUCCAACCGACCUCACAACCGCAGACUACAUGUAACCACGCCAGUUCAGGACCUACACAUCUGGCUUCUUCACCUGCGGGAUCGUCUGAGACCAGCCACCUGGAUAACUGAUGAAACUGUGGGUUUGCACAACCGAAGAAUUUCUGCACAAACAACGUUCAGGAGCUCAUUGCUGCGUCGUCCCACCAGGGUUGACUUGACUGCGUCGGCGUCUCAGAUUCAGUGGCAAUGACUCACCUCGAUGGCCACGGCAGCGGAGGCUCCAUGAUAAUACCCGGUUCAACUGUACCGGGCAACCUGCAGAAGCAUGUACAAUGUGUGGGCGAGCCGUUUGCUGACGGUGCCCAGUGGGUGGGGGUUAUGGUAUGGCAGCAUACUCGGACACCACAAUGCAUUUAUGAUGCAAUGAUGCCAUGAAGACAUGAUGAGAUUGAGGAUGCUCUGGACACUCCAUGUUAAAACGUGAUUUUCCAUUCCUGAGCCAAUGUCACCCAUGUUUCGCAUCUCCAUCGACAAAACAUCCUAUGCCAAUACCAGCAAUCGCACAGCCACGAUGAGGAGUGCGACUUCAUGGCCACAAUCAAAAGCUGUCAUGAGUCAAAUGGUGGUUACACCAGAUACUGACUGGUUUUCUGAUUGUUUUUUUAAAAGGUAUCUGUGACCAACAGAUGCAUAUCUGUAUUCCCAGUCAUGUGAAAUCCAUAGAUUAGGGCCUAAUUUAUGUAUUUCAAUUGACUGAUUUCCUGAUAUGAACUCUAACUCAGUAAAAUCUUUGAAAUUGUUGCAUGUUACCUUUAUAUUUUGGUUCAGUAUAGUUUCAGUAUGACAGAAUGACAAUAAUGGUGAAAAUAGAGAGGUCUUUUUAGAAAUGCGUCCCCAGCCCACUCAUUCAUUCCUCAGUACUUCAGGGUAACAAUAAUAAUUUCCCAUUAUGAAUUAAUGGUAAUGAAUUAAUAACCAUUUGGGGCCAUUCAUUUGCGAGGCGUCUAAUGCAUCACAGAGACUCCUUUAGUGUCAGACGCAUUCAUCCUAGUCCCUCACACGCACACACACACACACACACACACACACACACACAUACACAUACACACACACACACACACACACACGGUACAGACACAGACAUACACACACCCAGACGUCUCGCUCCAUUUGGGAGUGUCAUUAAGACUAGCGGUAUUGACCCCCUUGCUCCGCUGAGCUUUGUAAACUGAACAGACUGUUGACCUCAAAGCUCCUCAGAACCACUUUAAUGAAGGAGUAUCCACACACACUUGCACACUCACACACAAACACACACAUUUGUUAUCAUUCAAUGUUUUGUCUUUUGAGCUUCAGCUUCUUAUUAGCUGUUUGCCUCUGUGUUUGCCUCUGUGUUUGCCUCUGUGUUAUCCUCUGUGUAAAUCCUCCUUGUCUUUAGCCCUCAGUGACAAAGAAACACCUGCCUCUUGUCAUAUUUGUUAAAGAAAUGUAAAGAUUCACCGCAACAUGGAGGAGUGGUGGUGUCUGUCUCCCUGAUUUUUUACUCUUGCCUGAAGCGACACUCUUUCGUAACCGUUCUCGCUCUGACUGAGUCGCUGAUGACAGAUUCAUAUUCAAGCUUCUGUGUUAUUUACUUCCCAGAAUGUUUUCCUGUCUACCUUUACCUGCAGGUGAAGUGGGCACUAAGAGUACAGUGGAGUGUCGGUGAGAGCAAAGUGCAAAGACAGUCAAAUGCUCCAAUGUAAAAAAAAAAAAAAAAAAAAAAAAAAAACAUUAUUCUGUUUAUCUUGGAUCCCCUGGGCUGAAGCCUGAAAUGUCGUUUUUUUCUGGAGAAACCAGACAUAUUGCUCUCUCUCUCUCUCUCUCUCUCUCUCUCUCUCUCUCUCUCUCUCUCUCUCUCUCUCUCUCUCUCUCUCUCUCUCUCUCUCUCGCAAUUCAAUUUUCAAUUCAAAGGGCUUUAUUGGCAUGGGAAACAUAUGUUUACAUAGCCAAAGCAAGUGAAAUAGAUGAUAAACAAAAGUGAAAUAAACAAUAAAAAAUGAACAGUAAACAUUACCCUCACAAAAGUUCCAAAAUAAUAAAGACAUUUCAAAUGUCAUAUUAUGUCUAUAAACAGUGUCUCUCUCUGUCUCUCUCCCUCUCUAUCUUUCUCUAUCUCUCUAGCCAUGAGUGUGUCAUUAGAAACAGCUUGCCUGCCCUAAAAAGCCCCGACUAGACUAGCCAGCCUGUCCUUGGCGUGAGGUGUCUGGGUCCUUCCACCUAUUUUAAGCCAUCUUAAUUGACGCCCGUUGAUCAGUUGUUGACUUUCAUCAACCGCUACGGCAACCGCCGGCGCCCAGCUCACCAAGCAGGCGAUGAUGGAGCGAAUGUGACAGGUUACUGGGCAUCAUUAGGAGCAUGUCAGACGAUAGUGAUCAGCAGUCGCAUCGUGUUAGGUUCACCCCGGCUGAGGCCAUAUGCCACUGUGGAACCGUGUACCCCCUCCUCUAACACCUCUAUUAUGAUGUGCCACAGGCACAAAAUGGACGCUGUUAUAAAAAGGAACCCAUCUGUGUUCAUUUGUUCCGUUUCCUUGUUGGUGGUAUGGUAUCUUUAUGUGAAGUGUGGAUGUCAAGUUGUAGUUUGAGUUCUGUAGUGUCACUAUUUCACUGUCCCUAACUGUCAACUCUUCCUCCACUUUGCUUUCCGUAGCAACAACCCGGCCCACCGGUACUACCUGACGACAGACCCGGUUACGGGGCAGCUGUACGUGUCAGACACCAACUCCCGCCGCAUCUACCGGCCCAAGGUCCUGAUGGGCACCAAGGAGCUGCUCCAGAACGGAGAGGUGGUGGCGGGGACUGGGGAGCAGUGUCCCCCCUUUGACGAGGCACGCUGCGGGGACGGGGGCAAGGCCACAGAGGCCCUCCUCAUGGGACCCAAAGGUAGGGUGACAGAGGAAUAAACACACACAGUACAGACACCAAAAUGAUGAACAUAGUACAUUCACAGUGCCCUGUACAGAGAAACACACAACUACACAGGACAUUGGUACAGACACCAAAACACACACACACAGGAAUAUUGGUCUGGUGUAUAAUUCAUGCACAGUUCCCUGUAGAGAAAAACAGACCAACCCCUGGUAAAAGGCUUUAGCACUUUUCCCCCGCGAGCUUCCAUCCCCAUUAUGCUACCAUUAUACUGCCAUUAUGCUGCCAUGGCAUUAGCACACAACCACACAGACUCAGACUCACAUACCCUUCCCACAUACUGUUGGACUGUAGCCUCGCUUAGUAUGGCCUCCAACCCUCCACUUCAGACAAUCUGUCAGUCUGUCUGUCCCGCCGCACCAGCCAGCCCACAUAAAACCUGUCUAACCCACAGGUGUGACUAUCACACACACCCCGGCGGUAAUGAGGUGAGAGGUGGCUGUGCAGUAGCUGGGAGAUUUUGGCAGGCACAAGCUUUUAGUCUAGAUUUUAAUGGAGAGAGCCCUUACACACACACAGGACUAUCUCACACACACACACACACACACACAGCUGCCUGUUAAACCGCAGUUAGAGAGCGAGUCUGAAGACCAUUAGGAGGGCGGGAACGUGUGAGAGAGGGAAAGAGAGAGAAAUGCAAAUAAAUGUUAGCAAGCCGUCGCUAGCAGCAGAUGGCUUAGAGAGAGAGAGGGAUGGAGAGAAGAGAGAGCGAGAGUGUUUUCAUUCCCAACAUGCCUCCUCUCCUCUCCGCCUUGCCACUCCUCUCCUAUUCUCCCUUAUUUUCAUCCCACCCUCUCCUCCUCUCUCUCUUCUCUCCUCCACUCUCUCUUCUCUCCUCCCUACCUCUCUUCUCUCCUCCUCUCUCUCUUCUCUCCUCCCUACAUCUUCCUCCUCUCAUCCCAUCCUCCUCUCUCUUCAUCUGUCUCUCCUUUCAUUAGCUUGCUGGUCAUGGCGGAAUGCGGCAGUUUUUUUUUUAACACCCCUCCCCUCCCAUCCCUUUUUUCUCUCCUCCCCCUCCCCCUCCCUCUUUCCCUUCACCUUCCCCUCCCCCUCAAACCCCACCCUAUAGGAUCAGCAGUGGAGCAGGAACACACACCGCCUCAGGAGCGCGGACCUCAGAUACACACACGGGAGAGAAGUUGCUUUAAGCUGCUGUUGUCGCAACCAUAGCAACAGUCUGUUUCUCAUCCAUUUGGAUGUGAAGUGAAGAUGAACUAACCCCCCUGCUCCUCCCUCCCUCCCUCCCUCCUUCCAUCCUUCCCUCCCACCAGAAACAUGGGUGUUGUUUUACCUUCCUCCUCUCUCCUAGACUCUCAUCCCCAAAAUAGAGACAGUUAUAGAUUCACACAUUUGAUUUGAUUAUAUUCUAUUUUUCUUAUUUUGGUUUUUUUUUUAAAUGCAGAGACGGCACUGAAAAUUGCUUAUUUUCCUACCUCCCUCCCGCCCUUCCUCUUCAGCCCUGUGAAAUAAUUCACUACUAGACAUCAAAAUGUAAAUUAUUCACAGGGUGCUUCCUUCUGCAGUGACCUGAAAGAUGCCCAAGCCACACUCAUACACACAAACACGUUGUACAGGCCGGCAGGUGCUGUGUGUGCAUGUGCAUCGGUGUGUGUAUGUGCAUAUAGUAUGUCUGUGUGAAUGUGCACGUACGCAGAUAUGUGUACGUGCAAAUAUCUCAGUCUCCAUCUCUCUGCUUCUACUCCAGGUAUUACCUUAGAUAAGAACGAGUACAUCUACUUCUACUAAAUCUCCUUCCCUUCCCUCUGUCCCUCUACUCCAGGUAUUACGGUAGAUAAGAACGGGUACAGCUACUUCUACUAAAGCUCCUACCCUUCCCUCUGUCCCUCUACUCCAGGUAUUACGGUAAAUAAUAAUUGGUACAUCUACUUCUUACCUCUCAUCACUUUCCCUCUCUGUCCCUCUACUCCAGGUAUUACGGUAGAUAAGAACGGGUACAUCUACUUCGUAGACGGGACCAUGAUCAGGAAGGUGGAUCGUAACGGGAUCAUCUCCACCCUGUUGGGCUCCAACGACCUCACCUCAGCACGACCCCUGACCUGUGAUACCAGCAUGCACAUCAGACAGGUGGGUCACAUACACACAGGGACAUCCACCUAAGCACAAACACACACCCAACCUCCAGUGUUUGCUGGAUUCACUUUAUCUUAAUGGUGGCCAUCAUGGAGUCAUUGUUCAGAGCCAUACAUGGUCCUCUGUAGCUCAGCUGGUAGAGCACGGCGCUUGUAACGCCAAGGUAGUGGGUUCGAUCCCCGGGACCACCCAUACACAAAAAAAAAAAAUGUAUGCACGCAUGACUGUAAGUCGCUUUGGAUAAAAGCGUCUGCUAAAUGGCAUAUUAUUAUUAUAUACAUACAUGGUUCAGUCACCCUUACUAUAUAAAGCAUUUUGAAACCAUAAAAGUGUUAAGUUGGCAAUAAACAUUCAGUCCAUAUAGCCUCUGCGAAGUUGACUGUAGUAGAUGGUGUGGCUGGUUAGUAUUGACAUGGGUGUUGUCUCAUCUGGGAGAACCAGCCAGUGUGUGUUGUGUUCUCCCCUAUUAAAAGCCUUUAGCUCCCCCUGCUGGCCGCUCCCUAAACCCCAAACCUGCCCCAGUCAACCAACACAGCUGAACUCUGCCCCCAGGCCUAGGUUUCAGUGCCAGGGUUGGGGUCGAUUCCAUUUCAAUUCAACCAAUUCAGGAAGUAAACUGAAAUUACACAAUGAGAACAUUUGAAUUUUACCGUAAAACUUCAAUUAAUAGCCUGGGCGUUUAUUUGCUUAAAUCACUGAAAACAACAGGCACUUAUUAGAGACAGGCUUCUAUUUGAGCCAGGCGUCUAUUUCCUUAGUGCACACACCUUUUGCUCAUUUACAUAGUUAAUUGUUUAAUUUGAGCAUUCACUUCCAGAAUUUUAUAAAUUUCUUAAUUUCCUGCACUCUGUUAUCAUUUACACACUGUGUCACGUUUCUUUUGUCUUAUUAUACCUCAGAAAAACAAAACUUUUCCUUGAAUUAUUCUCCUCUUUGACUGUGCAUUUUCGUCUGUUCUUACUUUCGCCAUUAGAAGGCGGUCGGCCGAUUUCUAGGGCUCUGUACUCCCGAAGUUGUUGACUGUUUUUGUGCUUGCCAGUUAGCUAGCAGUUCUCUGCUGUUAGCAGCUAAUGGCUAGGAGUUUCUUAUUGGCGAUAUAAACUAAUGAUUGUCAUAAUUUUUCGAGUCAUUACUGAAUUAUUUUAUGUAACAAAUCAAGCAUUAAACCUUGUAAACAAUUCAUGGUAAUUCAUGGUAACCUCGUAAACAAUUCAUUUAGACCCAGUGUUUAUUUGAAACAGCUGUUUAUUUGCUGAAAUGUGUGCAGUUGCCCGGCUAUUAAAAGGGACAGGCGGCUAUUUGAAACUCGCCGUCUAAUUGAAGUUAUACAGUUGUUCACUUCCUGAAUUGCCUAAUUGAAAUGGAACUGACCCCAACCCCAAACAGCACUAUGGGCCAAAUCCAACUCCAGGUAUUUCAGGGUCCAGUUUGGAUCUCUCUUUAUUGUUGAAAGACAAGAAUCAUCUGAGGAUUAUGAGGGAAUAGGAUGUGUCAAUCAUAAUAAUGUUCCUGAAAGUGGCCUCCCCUAAUGGAGGUCUUACUAGGCGCUUCUCCUGGAUUAUCCAAUCAGAAUGGGCUAUUUUGAGCUUUAGUGAAGCACUGUAGUGGGUUAUCUUGAGUGAUAGGCUACUGAUGGUGCUGUCUAGAUGGUGGUAGUUUUGUUGAUGUUUGUGGCCAAACUGAGAGAGCCCAAGAGAAUGUGUCGGUUUUCUGACUGAAAGUAUAUUGACAGUGUACUGAACUAAUGUGAUGCAUAACCAGUAUGGGCAAGUCAGGUAUUUGUUGUGUUGUCUCUGAGUCCCCUGUUCCUUCCACUGCUAGCUAGAUCAAUGUGUGUGUGUGUGUGCGUUUGUGUGUAUGCCCUGAGCUACCCCUAUAACAAUCCUCGCUACACCUCACUUCCUCCGAUUCCCCGUCUCUCACAACUCAGACCUUUAAAUCCCAGAGACAGAUUCACUCAGAUCAUUCUUCUCCAUCUCUCUUCCUUUCUUCUUUGGACUCACUCCUCCUCCUUCUCAUCCUCUUCUCCUCUGCACAGUCACAAUCACAGAGCGAGGGAGAGAGUCCCCAGUGACAAAGAGGGAGAGAGAGAGGAAACAUAGAGUUGAAUUAUUCAGAGAGGAACAUAUAUGCAGUACCAUUGGGUCCGGGGGGAAGAAUGGGGAAGAGACACAGUGUAGCGCAGCCAGCCAGCCAGCCAGGGAGGGAGAAGAAGUAUGUCUAUGUCCCAAAUGGCACCCUAGAUAGUGCACUACUUCACACCAGAAUAGUAGUGCACUAAAUAGGGAAUAGGGUGCCGUUUGGGACGCAGCUUGGGACUCAAUGGAGCAAAAACAAACCGAGACAGCUCUGUGUCAGUUAAAACAGCCAGCAGAAACACAUCCACGUGGGGCACGCGUUACACUGCAACGUCCCACCACUGUCACCUCAACAUGGCGGUGGAAUGAAAUAAAAUGUUCCCAUACACAUAUUGUAGCGAGGCCAGUCCCCUCCAUCUCUUGCCUCAGUGCUUUCAAAGCUAUAUCACACUAUAUCUCCAACUCUCUCUCUCUCUACAGGAGUUAGGUUGAGAAGUAGACGAUGCAGUGGCUUCCAACUGAUGUUUUUGUGCAUCUGAAUAGACAGGAACGCUCUGUUGUCAUUUAAUUUUCCUCAACUUUUCUCUACUUCCAUUUCCACAGGGAAAAAGCAGGGGUUAAGUAUUUGUAGCAUUUUGAGAGGCGAAGGAAGAAACACAGUCUAACUUCCAGUCACUGCAUGGUGCCCAAAUAGUGCCUCUUUUUAGUACAGCUUUAUCCAUGUAUAAUGCAUGGUCUGUAACUGGCAGGGGAGAGCUUUUAUGUGGUCGAGCUGAAGGCUGAAAGCGUCAUUACCUUUUAAUGGUCCUCUGCUGAGGUGCUUUACCUGCCAGGUCACUCAGGGUCAGGGGUGGGGUGAAGAUGACGGGCCAGGGCCAAAGAGAGCAGACCCAAACUACCGCUAUGCCCAGAGCUCUACAACACUAAUGGUGCAGAAGUGUGUAUGUUUUGGAGGGUUGGGGGGUGGGGGGGGGGGAGUGUGUUCUCCUCAUAUCAUCUUAACCAUCACAUACCCUGCUCCUCCACGGGGAGAUAGAAAGAGGAUGAGGGAAAAGUCUCGUUUAGACAAUAAAACUUGAACGUUUACGUCUCUCUUUCUCUCUCCUCUUUGUUUUGCCAGCAAACAGUUGCUUCCCUCAGGCCAUGAGGGAACACAUCAUUUCGCAGAGUGUGUAUGUCUGUGUCUGCGUGCGUGUGUGUGCACAUGCAUGCAUAAGUGAGUGUGUGCCUGUGUGUGUGUCUUAAAAUGUAAUAAAUGACCCGGUGGCUGAUUAAAUUGAAUCAGAGCGAGGCACACAAUGUAUAAGUCCUGAGAAGUAAAGGAUCCUUCUUCAUCAGUGUCACAGCCAGACGCUCAGAGGGGGGAGGAGGGGGUAGAGGGGGGAGGAGGGGGUAGAGGGGUGGAAGGAGAGGGUAGAGGAGUGGAAGGAGGGGGUAGAGGAGGGGGGGUAGAGGGGGGAGGAGGGGGUAGAGGGGUAGAGGGGUGGAAGGAGGGGGGGGUGGUAGAGGAGAGUGGGGGUAGAGGGGGGGGGGAAGGGGGAGGGGUAGAGGGGGUAUUUUAGGGGGUUUAGAUGGGUGGAAGGAGGGGUGUAGAGGGGGGCCAGGGGGGGUGCAAAGCAGCACUAGACUCACAUCUCAUCUAUUCUGUGUUUGUGGGUUGAUUUGUUUGUUUCUGUCAUCUUCACAGAACUUUUGCAAAGAGUUUUUACCCCUUGAGGCUAAUAAAGGUUUCUAUUUAAUUUAAUUUUUCUUCUCUUUUAAGUGUAUGUAAAUUGUAAAGUAUUUUUUGGGUCUGUAAUGUCUUUUCCGUUGUGUGUCGGACCCCAGUAAUUCGCCAUUGGCUUCGGCUAAUUUGGAUCGUAAUAAAUCAAAUCAAAUCUCUGCUCUACUGUAGAUUCGUCUGGAGUGGCCCACAGCCCUGGCCAUCAACCCCAUGGAUAACUCCAUCUAUGUCCUGGACAACAACGUGGUGCUGCAGAUCACUGAGAACAGACAGGUGACCAUCACGUUCCCACAUAGGAACACUUCUAUUACAUACACAAAUAAGUUCAUGCUGGUAGCGUGAACAAGCGAGAUAAAAGGAUGCACCGACACAUUGCGGCUGAAUAAGCCUUCGUCAAAAUACUGGUCACCUCUUUGACUUGUGUUGCUGUUGUUGUUGUUGUUGUUGUUGUGUCCCAACAGGUGCGCAUCGUGGCGGGGCGUCCCAUGCACUGCCAGGUGCCAGGUAUAGAGUACACGCUGGGCAAGCGGGCGGUGCAGACCAUGCUGGAGGGAGCUGCUGCCAUCGCCCUCUCCUACAGUGGCGUGCUCUACAUUGCCGAGACUGAUGAGAAGAAGAUACACCGUAUCCGCCAGGUCAUAUAGUAUUCUAAUAUAGUACAAUAAUAUGUCAUGAGGCGAACAAGAAGAACAACGUACUGUUGUAUUUGUCGUUCUUGCAGAUGGCGCCUAUUUUGAAUAUCAUUGUUUUUACCUUCGUUGAUUGCAUUGAUUGUAAGUCGCUCUGGAUAAGAGCAUCUGCUAAAUGACUCUACUUUAAAUGUAAAUGUAGGUAUCCACAGACGGCGAGAUCACGCCCUUGGCCGGGGCUAUGUCCGACUGCGACUGCAAGAACGACGCCAACUGCGACUGCUACCAGACGGGCGACGGCUAUGCCAAAGACGCCCGCCUCAACUCGCCCUCCUCGCUUGUGGUCUCGCCCGACGGUACGCUCUACGUGGCCGACCUGGGCAACAUCCGCAUCCGCGCCAUCCGCCGCAACCAACCGCCGUCGGGCUCCGCCGUUUCCGGCCCGGGCUCCUUCGAGGUCGCCUCGCCGGCGUCCCAGGAACUCUACGUGUUUGAUUCCAACGGAACUCACCAGUUCACCAUGUCUCUCGUCACCGGUGACUACAAGUACAACUUCAGCUAUAGCAAUGAGGAGGACGUAACCGCGGUGACGGAUAGUAGUGGCAACACCUUGAGGAUCCGCCGCGACCCCAACCGGAUGCCGGUGCGGAUCGUUGCCCCGGACAACCAGGUGAUCUGGCUGACAAUCGGGACCAAUGGCGGGUUGAAGACACUGACGGCACAGGGACAGGAGCUGGUGCUGUUCACCUACCAUGGCAACAGCGGGCUCCUCGCCACCAAGACUAUACAGAUAGGAUGGACCACCUUCUAUGAGUAAGUGGGACUUACUGACCAGCAAAGACUUGGGGCCCCAUUCUGACUGACUGACUAUCUGACUGAAUGACUGACUGCCCCACUGGUUGUGUUUGAGAUAGCUGCUAUAAGACAAGUCUCUCUCCCUCUAUUGUCCCCUAAGACUGUGUAAGGAAGUGUGUCAGUGUCCCCAUUUUUGUGAGUGUCCCUUGUCCCUUAAGUCCUCUGACAACAUGAUGUCCUUCAUCAUCAUAUCUUCUAGUGAUUGGCUGUGUGUAUAAUAUAGAGCCAGCGGCCAUAUUUUCUGCACUUUCAUCUGAUCAGUAUCAGUAAGGCAAGGGGGCUGAACAAUGCCUGCUCAGCAAAACCCUGUCACACACACACACACAUACACUUACACACACACACUCACAUACACGCCACACAACACAGGGGAAAUCUUUAUAUAAAACUUUCCGUUCCGUUUCACCUUCCGUACUUGCACCACGUUCCAACACAUGGAAGAAUAGUUGUAAAUUAUACAGUGUGUGCGCGUGCAUAUGUGUGUGUCAUGCUUGGAGGGGAAGCUCAUCUGGGAGCCACACCCACUGUCACCAUGGAGGAAAUAUGGAGAUAUGGAGGGAGAGAGGGAAAGAGAGAGAGUGGGAGAACAGAGAGAGGAGAGAGAGAAGAGCAUGAGACGGAGAGAGGCACAAAGUGCUUCUUACUCCCAGAGAAGACAGACACAGGCAGACACAGGGCUGUCACUAAAAUCUCUCUCUAAAUGUGAUAGUGGGCUAGCUCAGAAACACACACACACACAGACUACAUUCCAUCCAGGCACCAAAAUAGACUCCCAGCCAUAUGGGACAGCAAAGGCCCUAGUCAGCUAGCCAGGCAGGUUGUUCUCUUUGCAGUGUGAUCCACCAUAGGACAGCUUCUAUAGCCUCAAACAUUUACCACAGAGCCCUUGCCAAAAAGACUGCCAUAGACUGGUUUUCUCUGAGUCUGAACCCAAACCCUGAUCCCUAUCCCCUCAAACAAACCAUAAGCCAUUCAUACAUCAACCCCUCAACCUGCUACCUGCUAACUCUAUUCAACAUCACAAUGCCAGAGGAAGUCCUUGACUACAGUGCUACAGUGUCUGACUGUAUCCUUAGAUACAUGUACAAAAAAACAAAUGUUUCCUGAUCUUUCUUAUAUCUCUCAGAUAUAGGAGAGACACUUCAGAACAAACUUCCUUUUGAUAUUUUGGGGGGACUAUCUGUUGUUCCAUGUAGUGAAUAUGUUAUUCAAUGUGUUUGUAUGGGCUAAUAGCAGUAAAGGCAAAAAUAUAAUUAUUCUCUCUCUGUCUUCUCUCUCUCUCUCUCUCUCUCUUUCUCUUCUUCCUUUUUCUUUCUUUCUUUCUUUCUUUCUUUCUUUCUUUCUUUCUUUCUUUCUCCCUCUCCUCCCCUCCAGUUAUGACAGUGAGGGUCGUCUAACCAACGUGACGUUCCCUACGGGGGUGGUGACCAACCUGCAUGGGGACAUGACCGGGGCCAUCACGGUGGACAUUGAGACGUCCGGCCGCGACGAGGACGUCAGCAUCACCACCAACCUCUCCUCCAUCGACUCCUUCUACACACUGGUCCAGGGUAAGUAAAGGGGGGGGGGGGGGGGGGGUCUGUCUGUCUGUGUGAGUGUGUGUCUCAACUUUGUGAGUACCAGUCAUGAAUAUUAAUGAGCCACGUUGAUAACCAACAGCAUUGAUUAGUCGAACGUCAACACAAUACUAAUGACUUCACCAAUUACUCAAUGGGCAUUAAUCCCUGAUCCCCUUUCAUUAUUAAAGAGGUCAUAAAAUAAAGACAGCUCAGAGAUCAAUAUACUUAAUCAUACAACAGUAAAUGUAUGUUUGUAGACAGAGGAUAGGAGAAGAGAGGACAGAACAGGAGGAGAGCAGAGGAGAGGAGAGGAGAGGAGAGGAGAGGAGAGGAGAGGAGAGGAGAGGAGAGGAGAGGAGAGGAGAGGAGAGGAGAGGAGAGGAGAGGAGAGGAGAGGAGAGGAGAGGAGAGGAGAGGAGAGAAACCUUGAAGGGUUCUAUCAAUGCAGACCCAACAUAGGAAUCUUCCAUCCUUUAUGUAACAGAAGGGGAGAAUGGGGUUAUCAAAUCUGAAAUCAGGUGUUUCUUAUUCAUGCAAUAAGACCCGAAGGGGUGUGGUAUAUGGCUAAUAAACCACGGCUAAGGGCUGUUCUUACGCACGACGCAACGCGGAGUGCCUGGACACAGCCCAUAGCCGUGGUGUAUUGGCAAUGUACCACAAACCCCCGAGGUGCCUUAUUGCUAUUAUAAACUGGUUCCCAACGUAAUUAGAGCAGUAAAAAAACCACGGCUGUCAGCCAAUCAGCAUUCAGGGCUCGAACCACCCAGUUUAUAAUCUUUGUUAUUGUCUUCAUGGAACUAAAACAUUUUCGACUUUGUUUCUUUCUCUCCACCACAGACCAACUAAGGAACAGCUACCAGGUGGGUUACGACCACUCUCUGAGGGUGAUCUAUGCCAACGGGAUGGACACACACUACCAGACGGAGCCGCACAUCCUGGCGGGCGCUGCCAACCCCACAGUGGCACGGAGGAACAUGACGCUGCCCGGGGAGAACGGGCAGAACCUGGUGGAGUGGCGCUUCCGCAAAGAGCAGACCCGGGGGAAAGUCAUCGUGUUCGGAAGGAAGCUCAGGGUGAGAAGGGAGGAUGGUGGAGGGAGGAAGAGGAAGAGGAGAGUGGCAGCCAUUUUAUUUAGGUUGUUUUGUUUUGUUUAUGCAAUUAGCUAUAUCAUCUAAAUAUAUGAACAGGUAAAUGAGGUAUUUGGUCUUGAUUUAGGGUUAGGCAUAAGGCAAAAGAGAGCAGCUGACAUUUUGAUUUGUAGGCAGAUGUGGAGGUUGGGGGUUUCUUUUUUUAUUUUUUUUGCUGUGACAGCUUGGCACCUUUCACACGCUUCCCAGCGGGCAUAGCUGGUUAAAACAUCAUUAUUACCAGUUAUGUCUAGGGGUUUCUUAUGUGGAUUCUGACAGUUGGCGUUUCACAGCCUCUCUCUUCCCUUGGAGAUGAUUUAGUCAGAUCUUUGGCUGCCACUUCCUUCUCGUUUUUACCACAACAUCAUUCAAACAUACGCUACAAUAUAGGAAGGGUCUUGGUCGAGGUUGGUUGUUAACUACAAUGUCGAUUUAACCACUGAAAGGAAGUGAGACCAUUUUCCAUAUCAAGUAGUCUUCAGUUUCAUUGUCAACAUUUCUGUCUCCUCAUUAUCACCAUCUAAACGGCUCAAAUUAGUGACAGUUUGUCAGCGAUUAGCGAGGGACGCCGAUGCUUUAUUGUUUGAAUGUUUUGUCUCCUCCAACAUCAAAGACGUAUUUUGAAAGUCAUUACCAUCUGUCCAACAAAGGAAAAGGUAUACUUUUGUUUACCGUUCCCUCUGUCAGAGAAGAGGGCUGGUCUCCAAGGUAACAACUGUGUCUUCAUCUCUUUCUCCAAAGACUACUCUCUGUCUGUCCCGAAUGGCACCCUAUUCCCUAUAUAGUGCACUACUUUUGACCAAGACCCAUAGGGACACUGUAUAUGCAAUAUGUAAAGAAUAGGAUGGCAUUUGGGACGCAUCCUAUGUCUGCUUAGUUCUCAGCCUCCUCAUCUCAUUACUGAAGAAUGUCCAGGAGGAAUCAGGGGCCCUCGCUUAUAAAAAAAACAUGAAGGCCAUAUUUUUUCUUCUUCCUAAGUUUUGCUGGCAACUUGAAAAGCUCAUGGGGGGGGCGGCAGGUAGGCUAGGUAGGUAUCCCCAAGGCAUCCAUCCCAGCAGGAUGCUUUCUUAUGGGAAAUAAAUUGAGGCCGGGAUCACGUUCUGUUGGCUAGUGUCUGGGUGUGUCUCGGCAGGCAUUCCGAAGGCCCCUGUCAUCUUCAAAUGAGUCUCAGCUCCCACUAGGCUGAGAGAGAAAAACUCUGCAUGGUUACCACCACAAUAUUAUUCUUAUUCUCUCUCUCUCUUUCUCUCUCUCGUCACUCUGGUUCUCUGUUUUUCUUUCUCUCUCUUUCUCAUUCUCUCUGUCUCUCUGUGUCUCUCUCGCUCUCCACCUCGCUGAAUUCCUAGGGGGGAUAAUUUAUGAAAGCAGCCAAAAGCAGGACUUUGAACACAUGCCAGCCAGUCUCUCACUCUAAUGAAACUCCCUUCACAAUAACAGCUAAUCGAAUGCUAAUAAUCCUUUAAAUGAAUUUAGUGUCGCUCUUGAGAAUCGAUCACGGUAAACGGCGGUUGAAACAAACAGCGGGGUCAUUGCGAAGCGAUAAAUAGCGGUUCUGUGUCUGGAAUUGACUUUGAAAGCCGGUUCAGUUCACAGUUUCAUAAUUUCUCCUGUGUGUUUGUUAGUUUUUUGUUUUAAAAGUUCAACAAUCUGUCCGAAUCUGAAUAAAGUCGAAAUAAGGUAUUUGUUAAUAAACAUUACUCCUUAGACUGCAAACCUUUUUAUUAUUAUAUUAUUAUUGGAUUUUUACAAUAUUCUAGCUAAAACUGUCCAAUCCUUCGUCUUUUCUCUAAAGGUGAAUGGCAGAAACCUUCUCUCGGUGGAUUACGACCGAGCUCUCCGGACAGAAAAGAUCUACGACGACCACAGGAAGUUCCUGCUGAAGAUCGUGUACGACACCCAGGGUCAUCCUACUCUAUGGGUCCCCAGCAGUAAGCUGCUGUCAGUCAACCUUACCUACUCCAGCACGGGGCAGGUGACCAGCCUACAGAGGGGUCCCACAACAGAGAGGGUGGAGUACGAUGGUCAAGGGAGGAUUGUGUCCCGAGUGUUCGCCGACGGAAAGACCUGGAGUUAUACAUACCUGGAUAAGGUAGGAACUAGGGCAGGGAUCAUCAACUAGAUUCAGCCGUGGGCCAAUUUUUUCUGGGUCGGGGGGCCGGAACAUUACAAAUCAUGUGUAGACUACAAAUUGACCGCAAGAAUCCCAAACAGAUAUAAUGUUUGACUAAAUCAUAAUAAUUUCAAACCUUGCUUACAUUUGUAUACGAUCACGUCGUUUCUCUCUAUUAUGCGUGGGAAUACUUGGGAACAGAUUUCUUAAAUUAAAAUCACUUGGAGCUGAUUUCCUGGUGUUUUUGGGGAACCCUAAACUAGGGAGUCAGGAAAACUCACACCCACACACGCAUAUGCACACUCUGGUCUCAUGAUCAGCAACACCAGCAAACACCCCAUAUUGACAAUGCAAAACCAUUGUGAAAAAGUACUUGAUUACUUAGUGUGAAUGCGCUUGCAUCACCGAUCUGUUGCAUUCCAAUUAGUGUUUUGGUGAGUAGUUGAACCGAUAUGGUCCAUGUCAAACGCAGCCCCGCUUGUUUGCUGUCAAAAUGUCACCCUUAAACUCCACUGCUGUGUGCUAAAGCUCAGUGUUCCUACACCCUGGCAUUACAGCAUCAGGUGCUAAAUACGCUGUGAGUCUCCCUAAUGCACGCCCAGUAAACUUUACCCUUACACACACACACACACACACACACACACACAAACACUUUCUGUCCCUCUUUACCCAUAGAUGAGCUGUUCAAAUCUAUAGAGACUGGCGCACCUCCUGUGACAAAAGGAUUAGUGGUGGUGAUAGUCGUCUAUUUUCAUUGUCACCACAAAAAAACACAAGGUUAUUUUCUGAAGAUGAAACCAGUGAAAAAAUAAAAAAGCCACAAAAGUAAUUGAAGGCCCCCUUGAAAGCUAUGAGUGUCAAAACAGAAAAGAUGCUUUGAAAAAUAUACUAGGGAGUCGGCACAGACUCUAUAAAAGGAGCUUAUUCCCUUUAGGUAGUAAGGGAUAUAGGAAGAGAGAGAGACAAAGAGAUGGAGGAGAGAGAGAGAGAGAGUUAGGUAGUAAGAGGAUAGUGAGAAGAGAGAGAGACAAAGAGAGGGAGGAUGAGAGGAGAGAGAGAGAGAGAGAGAAGAAUGAGAGGGAGGAAGAGGAGAGAGAGAGAGAGAGAGAGAGAGACAAAGAGAGGGAGGAGAGCGAGAGAGAGAGAGAGAGACAAAGAGAGGGAGGAGAGAGAGAGAGAGAGAGGAGAGAGAGAGAGAGAGAUAGAGAGAGACAAAGAGAGGGAGGAGAGCGAGAGAGAGAGAGAGAGAGAAGACAUUGAGGAGAGAGAGGAAGAGAGGAGAGAACAAGAGAGAGGAGGAAGAGAGAGAGGAGAGAGAGAGAGAGAGAGAGAGAGCGAGCAAAGAGAGAGGGAGGAGAGGAGGAGAGAGCGAGAACAGCAGGGGAGAUGACAUGGGGAUUUAGGUACAGAGAGAUGGCUUAAGAGGGUAGUAAGACAGAGUUAGGAGAGGAAGAAGGCUGGAGCCGGGUUUGACAGAAGGGAGGCCACAGGGACACAACACAGAGAGAACAGAGAGAGAGAAAUAUGGAGAGUACAGAAGGAGAGGGAGAUAGAGAAGAAUUAGAGAGAGGGUGGUAGAGGGUGAGAGAGAGAGAGGGUGAGAGAGAGAGAGAGAGAGAGAGAGAGAGAGAGAGAGAGAGAGAGAGAGAGAGAGAGAGAGAGAGAGAGAAUAAAUCAUCCCAAGAUGAUUCCCCAGAGUAGCAGAAACUUUUCUCCCUUCUCCCUUCCAGGACAAACUGUAGAGACGAUCAAAGAGGUUACGUUUACAUCAUGAGUAAACUACACUGAACAAAAAUAUAAACGCAACAUGUAAAGUGUUGGUCCCAUGUUUCAUGAGCUGAAAUGAAAGAUCCCAUACAAAUGUAUUUACAUCCCUUUUAGUGAGCAUUUCUCCUUUGCCAAGAUAAUCCAUCCCCCUGACAGGUGUGGCAUAUCAAGAAGCUGAUUAAACAUCAUGAUCAUUACACAGGGGCACCGUGUGCUGGGGACAAUAAAAAGCCUCUCUAAAUUGUGCAGUUUUGUCACACAACACAAUGCCACAGAUGUCUCAAGUUUUGAGGGAGCGUGCAAUUGGCAUGCUGACUGCAGGAAUGUCCACCAGAGCUGUUGCCAGAGAAUUGAAUGUUAAUUUCUCUACCAUAAGCCUCCUCUAACGUCGUUUUAGAGAAUUUGGCUGUACGUCCAACCGGCCUCACAACUGCAGACCACGUGUAUGGCGUCGUGUGGGCGAGCGGUUUGCUGAUGUCAACGUUGUGAACAGAGUGCCCCAUGGUGGCGGUGGGGUUAUGGUAUGGGCAGGCAUAAGCUAGAUACAACGAACACAAUUGCAUUUUAUCGAUGGCAAUUUGAAUGCACAAAGAUACGUGAUGAGAUCCUGAGGACCAUUGUAGUGCCAUUCAUCCGCCGACAUCACCUCAUGUUUCAGCGUGAUAAUGCACGGCCCCAUGUUGCAAGGAUCUGUACACAAUUCCUGGAAGCUGAAAAUGUCCCAGUUCUUCCAUGGCCUGCAUACUCACCAGACAUGUCACCCAUUGAGCAUAUUUGGGAUGCUCUGGAUCGACGUGUACGACAGCGUGUUCAAGUUCCCGCCAAUAUCCAGCAACUUCGCACAGCCAUUGAAGAGGAGUGGGACAACAUUCCACAGGCCACAAUCAGCGGCCUGAUCAACUCUAUGCGAAGGAGAUGUGUCGCGCUACAUGAGGCAAAUGGUGGUCACACCAGAUACUGACUGGUUUUCUGAUCCACGCCCAACACUUUAAUUUUUUUAAGGUAUCUGUGACCAACUGAUGCAUAUCUAUAUUCCCAGUCAUGUGAAAUCCAUAGAUUAGGGCCUAAUGAUUUUAUUUAAAUUGACUGAUUUCCUUAUAUGAACUGUAAGUCAGUAAAAUCGUUGAAAAUGUUACACGUUGCGUUUAUAUUUUUGUUCAGUAUAAGUUUGAAACAGGGCUAAAAAGUGUGUGUGUGCGUGCGUGCCUGUGUCUGUUCGCUCAUUAAAUAUGUAUGGUUUCCCCCACCACCCUCCCUCCCACACGGCCAUCAUCUGCCUGCCUGCACACACACACAAACACACACAACAACAACACACACACCACCCACCCACCCGGUGGUUGCCUGCCAGCCAAGAACUCUGGUAGAGUGACCAGCAAGAGGAACAUCACCGGCCAAACAUAUGUUGCCACAGUAGCAACAUACACACACACACACACACACACACAUAGACACACACACACACAGAUACAGAGAAACAGACACACAAACAUACACAGGGACACACACCCAGUGCCUGGGGAGCUUGAGUAAUGUCUGUCCAUGUAUGACAGGCAAGGUGAAGGAUCCACCAGGCAGACUCCCUCUGUAGAGAGAGAGAGAGAGAGACACACAUACACACAAACAAACCGACGCGUAUACACACACACACACACACACACACACAAUACACACACAGUAAGGCACUGAGGCAGGCAGAGAUGCAUAUCUGAAUCCUGGAGGGACUGGAGUGAUGUGCCAGUGUUGUUGUUGUUGUUGUUGUUGACUCACUAAGGUGCACUGCUCGUCUAUUCUACUUCCUUCUUAUGGGCCCCGUUCUUCAGUCAAUUGUUUUGUUGUUGAAAGUACGACCAACUAGCAUAACGACUGCGUCCCGAAUGGCAGCCAAUUCCGUAUGUAGUGCAGUACUUUUAACCACAGCCCCAUUGGCCCCCUGUUCAAAAGUAUUGCGCUACAUAGGGAACAGGUUGCCAUUUCAGACGUCGCCAUCCACUUCCACUCUCCCCCCCCCCGCCGCUAUGCAAAGUAGCUAAUUACCUGCUGUUUGGCUAAGUGAUUGUGACUUCCACUGGUGCCUACCUUUAUGAGAUAAGAAGGUAGACCCUACACUACUCCACACACACACACACACACACACACACACACACACACACACACGGCGAGGAGAAGAAAGGAGAGUGCCAGCAAAGGCCAACCUGAAUUAGCAAGUACUGCUUUUAGGAUAUAUGCAUGUAGCAUAGUGACAUGAGAGGUACGGGACGAUGGCUAAAAGGGGAAGGCGUUGCCGUUACGAGAAGCGGAAGAAGGAGGGGAGAGCAAGGAAACCAAUAAAAGAGAGAAAUUUAGGAAAUGGUAGUUAACGAGGCGUAAAGGAAGAGAGGAAAGGAUGUGACAUGAGGAGGAAGGAAGGAGGAGGGAGAAAAGCGAAAGAAGGAGGAAAGAGGAACGACAGGAAAAGAAAAAAGAGAAAGGAAAGGAGGGGAGUAUACCUGCUGUUGCGCUAGCAGGUGAAUGGAAUGGGACAUUAGAGUGAAGAAGUGGAUAUUACAGCCCGCAGUGCGUGAGCGGCAAAAGUCGCACGCGCGAGAGCAGGGCAGCCCAGGACGCCCCCAAGAGCCCUGGCACAGGCCAGGGGCCGCCAAGGCGCCCCAAGAGAGAAGCGGCGAACAAAAAAGGGGAGCCAGAAAGGCACGAGGGACCAAGCAGAAACAAAGGAAGAGAAGAACGAACAAAAGAAAAGCACAGAAAGAAGGACCCGAGAAAGGAAAAUAGACAGAGAAGGCAAGGCUGACAGAAAGGGAAGAACAGACGAAACACGAACAACGCCAUCUCCGUCCUCCUCCUCCCUCCCCCAUCUCACCCCCCGUCUCCCCCUCCAUCUCCGUCCUCCUCCCUCCAUCUCCGUCCUCCUCCCUCCAUCUCCGUCCUCCUCCCUCCAUCUCCGUCCUCCUCCCUCCAUCUCCGUCCUCCUCCCUCCAGUCCAUGGUGCUCCUGCUCCACAGCCAGCGUCAGUACAUCUUUGACUACGACCUGUUGGACCGCCUGUCUGCUGUCACCAUGCCUUCGGUGGCCCGUCACACCAUGCAGACCAUCCGCUCCCUGGGCUACUAUCGCAACAUCUACAACCCCCCGGAGAGCAACGCCUCGGUCACCGUUGACUACAGCGAAGACGGACAGCUCCUCAGAGUGGCCCAUCUAGGGACAGGUCAGAGAAAUGUCAGAACUGUUAUGGUUGUGUUAUGUGUUGAGUGUGUCUAAACUCCUUGUCUCGUCUGUCAUCAAGAAAAAAAUAUAUAUAUUAUCCAUAAAAUAAGAGAACAUUUUCAGAAACUUUCAGAAAACUUCCCUAAAACUGUAUUGCCAUUCAACAAAUAUUGCUUGGAAUUUAUGUUGGUGUUGUACACAGAAUAACCAUCCACUUCUACAUCAACAGGUCGUAGAAUUCUCUACAAGUACCGAAGACAGAACAAAAUGGCCGAGAUCUUGUAUGAUUCUACGAGGGUUAGCUUCACCUACGAUGAGACAGCCGGUGUGCUGAAGACGGUGAACCUCCAGAGUGAAGGGUUCAUCUGUUCCAUCCGGUACCGGCAGAUUGGACCGUUGGUGGACCGGCAGAUCUUCCGGUUCAGUGAGGAUGGCAUGGUGAAUGCACGGUUUGAUUAUACCUACGACAACAGCUUCCGGGUCACCAGCAUGCAGGCUGUCAUCAACGAGACACCGCUGCCCAUCGACCUCUACCAGUUUGAUGACAUCUCCGGGAAGGUGAGGUUCUUCAAUCAUGUCUAAAACUUUUUUUAAAACCUUCCUGAUGGAGUAAGACAUUCAUAAGUUACAUUCCUCAAGAAUCAAUGGCUAUAAUUUAAUUUAUUUAAAAGUCCAAUAAUGUAUGUACCAAUCCCAAAUGGCCCCUUCAAUCAAUGAUUUAAUUGUUAUUUUAGACAUCAUUUUUAUUUAUCUAUUUUAUCGCUUUUUUUAUCUCUCACAUUUCAUUACUUUACUAAAAGUGUGUUUGUGAUUUAAAUGCACUUUAAAUAAAGUUUGAUUUGAUUUAAAGGUGGAACAGUUCGGAAAGUUCGGUGUUAUCUACUACGACAUCAACCAGAUCAUCUCCACGGCCGUCAUGACCUACACCAAGCACUUCGACGUCCACGGACGGAUCAAGGAGAUCCAGUACGAGAUCUUCAGAUCCCUCAUGUACUGGAUCACUAUCCAGUAUGACAACAUGGGUCGGGUGACGAAACGCGAGAUCAAGAUCGGACCGUUCGCCAACACGACCAAGUACGGUUACGAGUACGACGUGGACGGUCAGCUCCAGACGGUCUACCUCAACGAGAAGAUGAUGUGGCGCUACAACUACGACCUUAACGGCAACCUCCACCUGCUCAACCCGGGUAACAGUGCCCGGCUCACCCCGCUACGCUUCGACCUCCGAGACCGCAUCACGCGGCUCGGGGAUGUCCAGUACCGUUUGGACGAUGACGGGUUCCUGAGACAGAGAGGAGCUGAGAUCUUUGAGUACAACUCCAAGGGCCUUCUAGAACGCGUCUACAGCAAAGGCAACAGGUUAGUUGGACGAUUGGUGACCUUACCUGACUGUACCAUCCAUACAUCACUGUAAACAUACACCCAACUUGGACCACUGACAGGUUUUUUAUUUUUUUGGGGGGGAUAUGUAUUUCAUUUCUAUUGUGUUGUUUGAUGAUAAUUAUUGUAUGUUUAAAAUGUGUCAAUUGUUUCAAAUAAUUCAUCCUUCACUGCUAUUAAUACUCUGUAAUGUUUCCUAAUUGUAAAAUCUCUCAUCUCUUUCUCAUCUCACUCUCUCUCUCUCUCUCUCUCUCUCUCUCUCUCUCUCUCUCUUUCUCCCUCUCCCUCCCCCUACCCCAACAGUUGGACCAUCCAGUACCGCUACGACGGGUUGGGCCGCCGGGUGGCCUCCAGAACCAGCCUGGGCCAGCACCUGCAGUUCUUCUAUGCAGACCUGAACUACCCGACCAGGAUCACUCACGUCUACAACCACAGCAGCUCAGAGAUCACAUCUCUCUACUACGACCUGCAGGGACACCUCUUCGCCAUGGAGAUCAGUAGCGGAGAGGAGUUCUAUAUCGCCUGUGACAACACCGGAACCCCUCUAGCAGUGUUCAGUAGUAAUGGGCUUCUUCUGAAGCAGGUAAGGUUUUAGAUCAGUUAGAAAGGCCUCAUGUACAGUCCCCGAUCCUCUAUGUGUUCUGUGUGUUGAUAGUUGGAUUUGACAUCCAAUAAAAGCUAGUCUAAAUCUAAAAGUAUCUAAAUCUACAUAUCCAGCGUGUUAGUUAUUAAAUGUAUUUAAUGAUUAUUUUCUAGGUUCAGUACACGGCCUAUGGCGAGGUCUACUUUGACUCCAACCCCGACUUUGUCCUGGUGAUCGGCUUCCACGGGGGUCUCUACGACCCCCUGACACGCUUGCUGCAUUUCGGGGACCGGGACUAUGACAUCCCGGCGGGGCGCUGGACCACCCCAGACAUCGGGACGUGGACGAGAGUCGGGAAAGACCCGGCGCCGUUCAACCUGUACAUGUUCCGGAACAACAACCCUGUCAGCAAAGUUCACGAGGUCAAAGAGUACGUCACAGGUGAGAGACCGUGAUGCUUCUUUUAAUUCACUCUAGUUGACUUCUUAUAGCUUAUGUAAGACAUAAACCUUCUAGAUGGUUUAUAGAAGGAAGACUAGGUCACAAAGGGAGUUGGUCACAGGUAAGAGACCGGGAUGCUACAUUUAAUGCACUCUGAUUUACUCCCUAUAGCUUAGGUAAGCAGAUACAAACCAAUGUACUGCAAUGCACAGAAUCAUGGUCUCAUUAGAUAUGUCUGGUACCUUGCCCUGUAGAACGGUAAGGCCUGUUAUGGCAAUACAAUAGGGACAUGUUGUCAUUGCAUGAUGACCACAGAUAAACAGUCUAUUGUGAAUACACUAUUAGUAUGAAUAUUUUAUGGCUGUGAACUUUCGUAAUUGUCUAGCGGUGGCAUAUUACCUCAUUGCUAUGCAUCACAAUGAUAUUGCUAUUGUUUUCAUCAGUUACCCUUUCCACAUGAUAAUAGUUCUGGCUAAACAUGAAAGGUAUGACUAGAAAUGACUAUUUUCCCCUCAGGGAAAAUAAAGUUAUUCCUUUCCUAAUAUGAAACAUUGGGACAUAAUUUCCCUCAGGGGCCUAUUCUGUUACUGUCACAAUGUAAUUCACUUUUCUAUGGUUACAGAUGUCAAUAUCUGGCUAGUGACGUUUGGGUUCCACCUUCACAAUGCCAUCCCCGGGUUCCCCAUCCCAAAGUUUGAUCUCACACAGCCGUCCCUGGAGAUGAAGAAGAGCCAGCUCUGGGACGACCUGCCGGUAUGUAGUAUCCCUCCGCCUUCCUACCUCCCUCCACCCCUCCAUCCUCCCCUAUUCCUCCCUUCCUCCCCCCUUCAGCUUAUUUACCCUAUAUUGCCACUAUAGUACUAUCCGCCUCUCUCUGGGGUUAAUUUACCCAGUAUCUCUCCACUGUUAGAUCCCUCCGCCUCAUUCUGGUUUAUUACAACCUUCCGGUAUGACGUAUCCCUCCGUCUCCCUCCCUCUAGUCUAGUUUAUUUACUCUAUCUCUACUGUCAUACCGCUCCACCUCUCUCUGGGGGUUAUUAACCUUAGCUAGCUAUCUCCACUCUCAUUUCCGUACUGUGGUUGUACAACCUCACAGCACAGCUGGCUGGAAGACCAACCAACCCACCGUGUUGAUUUAGCUUGUUAAGACGCACCGCCAGAGAAGAAGAGACAAACAACAUUCAGGGUGGUCCACAGUUCACCCACGGCUACAGAGAGAUCACACGCACACAGACACACACACCAAUUAUACCGCCGCUGAAUCAUCCUCCGGUUUGUCUUAAAAUAAAGAAAUUAUACACACGUAUUUGAAGUGCAAAUUAGUCCCUUAUUGGUUUAAUUACGUUGCCAUGACUGUCACUUCUUCUUCUCUCUGUGUGAAAUUAACAAGAUGUGCUGUUGCUCCUCCUGCCCAACAAUCCCCUAUUUCUUAAAAAAAACUUUUAAAAAAAACAUUUUUGUUGUCGUUGCAGUUGGGUUUUUUCUCAUGACAAACAAACAAAAGUUCUCCCUGUGAUCUUUUUCUUGCUGAAACAAUAUUCAUUGUUUUGUCUCCAUAUAAAUAGGACAUUUCUAGAAGAAAGGGAACCUUUGAAUGACUGAAGCUGGGAUACUUUUUCACCAUGGCAAUCUGGGAUUUGGUUUCAUAUUGUCCCUCGUUGUUGGGAGAACAAUUUUGUUUUUAUUGAGAUAACACAGUACUAGGGGAAUAGCCACCCACUGGGCACAGACGUCAAUUCAACAUCUAUUCUACGUUGGUUCAACGUAAUUUCAUUGAAAUGCCAUAGAAACAAUGUGGAUUUAACCAGUGUGUGCCCAGUGGGUAAAGACACACAACAGGUUUUACAAACUGAGGCUAGAGCAACCCCCUAAAAGUUUCUGUUAUAUCUGUCCAUGACAAGUAGAGAGAGUUCGGAUUUUCUAUCUGUGUAACUUAGACGUUUCUCUCUCUCCUCUCUCUCCUCCCUCUCUUCUCCCCCUUUUCUGACUCCUCCCUCUUUCCUCCCAUCAGUCCAUCUCAGGGGUGCAACAAGAAGUGACCCGGCAAGCCAAGGCCUUCCUUUCCUUCGAGAGGAUGCCGGAGAUCCAGUUGAGCCGCCGGCGCUCCAACCGGGACAAACCCUGGCUGUGGUUCGCCACCGCCAAGUCGCUGAUCGGUAAGGGUGUUAUGUUGGCGGUGACGCAGGGCCGUGUGGUCACCAACGCUCUAAAUAUCGCCAACGAGGACUGCAUAAAGGUCGCCGCCGUCCUCAACAAUGCUUUCUACCUGGAGGACCUACACUUCACGGUGGAGGGACGCGACACGCACUACUUCAUCAAGACGAGCCUACCGGAGAGCGACCUGGGAGCGUUGAGGCUGACAAGCGGGAGGAAGUCGCUGGAGAACGGAGUCAACGUGACUGUGUCCCAGUCCACCACCGUGGUGAACGGCAGAACGCGGCGCUUCGCCGACGUGGAGCUGCAGUACGGCGCACUGGCGCUCCACGUGCGCUACGGCAUGACUCUGGACGAGGAGAAGGCGCGUGUGCUGGAGCAGGCCAGGCAGAAGGCGUUGGCGAGCGCCUGGUCCAGGGAGCAACAACGGGUGAGGGAGGGGGAGGAGGGGGUGAGGCUGUGGACAGAGGGGGAGAAGAGGCAGCUGCUGAGCGGAGGGAAGGUGCUGGGCUACGACGGGUACUACGUCCUCUCCAUAGAGCAGUACCCCGAGCUAGCAGACUCCGCUAACAACAUCCAGUUCCUCAGGCAGAGCGAAAUAGGGAAGAGGUAA